AUGGACAAGGAGAACAAGUCCCAUGGCGCUUCUCCUGCGCAGAAUAGACGAUAUCGCCUGCCAUUGAUCAUGAAGCUGUUGCUUGGUGCAAUAGGUGCAGAAGCCUUGCUGCUGUUGUUGGACCUGAGUAUGCUGAACAAGAGCAGCAUCUUGCCGAUGGAGUAUCUGAACGCCGAGAUGGACGAGGGAGCCGACUUUUAUCCGGCGUGCCUGAAAUACAACGAUAAUGUCGUGACGUGGAAAUACGGACGAGACAGCGUGGUCUCAACCGCGAGUCAUGACAUUUUCUACAAAGACGACGCUCAGUUGCUGGAAAAAAUGCGUCAGUGCCCAGAUGUGGACAUUUAUGUGCCCGGGAGAUUCCGAAGCCACGGCUACUGCGAAGACUCGGCUGCCUAUAUGAAAUUUUUAGAGUCGCGAAUACUUCCGACGUGGGCACUUACAAUGAAGUACGUGGACAACGCAACGAACGAGACGUUCUCGUACCACGAUUUGUGCCCGAAGACGCCCAUGCUCUUUUUCAAUCACUACUGGGAUGGCUUCCCGGGGUCGCCGGAUUGGCCUGCAACGAAACCGGUGUAUCUCAUGCCGAACAUUGAAAUGUAUGAGCUGACGGCUGAACACUAG